UACGCGUAUUCAGCCGGUACUCAGAUUUGGAGAACCGCAUCGGACAGGACACACUGUGACAAAGUUCGCGAAAUGGGCCUCACCAGAAAUCACCUCGUCAGCCUCUUGCUUUACGUCAUCGUCGUCAAUGAAUUCCGGCUUCCCCUGGUGACAUGUCAAGAUGAAGACAGCACUCAGUGCAUGCCAAGGACGACUUUUCUAGCCUUGCUGCGACACCCGGAGGCCAGUCCGAGCUUAGCCGCGUAUUCGAGAUCGGGGAAAGCGUCGGCGGACGCGAAGAGUCGAAACGACAUGGCACACUUGAAAGCUCUAGCCGAGGACACUGACGACGCAGAGAUUUGCAUACCCAACCGCAUUUAUUUGCAAUUGUUGAAGGAUCCGAUAGCACGCGGUGAUCUCAGUUUCGCUCUCAACGGCCGAACUCAGAAGCUAUCCGAUUUUCUAGCGCGGCUAGUCAAUGUUAACGAUCCCGAAGACAUAUCAUUAGACGAACCGAGGGAAUAUCAUUCGAAAUCUCAGAAAAGGAGUAUCGCUACUCUGGCGAAGAACGAUGAUCUGCCAAUCAGCCUGCACGCUCGCAUCGCCGAGAAUGAGGACGGCGAAAAGAGAGCCAUAACAUCGCGCAGCGAGCAAUCCGGACAAACUGAUGAUCUUCUUUCCGACGAGGCUUCUUUGACUCGAGACUUCUCGAUGCAGAAACGCAACGUGGGCACUCUGGCACGCGAUUUCGCUCUGCCACCAGGCAGACGUAACAUCGCGUCUCUGGUUCGCGAUUACGAACAGAACAAGUCGAACAGAGAUCGUAUGCUGCCCCUGAACGGCAAAAGGAACGUCGCUUCGUUGGCCAGGACGUACACCCUGCCUCAGGGUGGAAAGAGGAACGUAGCGUCAGUGGCUAGAGAGUACGGCCUGCCUUAUGGAAAGCGAUACGUCGGUUCCUUGGCUAGGGCAGGCGAUUUUCCUACCCGCGAACAACGAAGCGUUUCCUCCUUGGCUCAACACUCCGCUUGGCCCGUCUCGUUCAAGAGAGGACUCUCCGUACCUGGGAGUGUGAUCUACAGAGCUCUUUCUCGUCAAGGUAGAUCGAUGCCGGAUGAAAUGAACGCGAGGGAGGAACUGCUUGCCCUUCAGGAGCUGAGCAACAUGGAACAGGAUCAGGAUGACGAUUAUUACGACGCUAUCGAUGAUAUGAAUGAUUCCUGGGCGAACAUCAGGAGAUCCAAGAGGCAGCUCAGCUUUUCUGACGAGUAUCCCUUGCCUGUGAUGCAGAAUGCGAAUGUGUUUGAUUAUGAGGAGAUGAUGGAGGCGCUCGAUGGACAGUAUCCCAACACGGAGAAAAGGUUCAUGGGUUCCGCAGAGGAGACACAGCCGGAGUUAGGCCAGUUGGGCUACCCGGAAACGUUUCGCGCGAGUAAAAGACACAUCGGGGCCCUGGCACGUCUCGGUUGGCUACCAACGUUGAGGGUCGCGCGGUUUUCGCGAUCCCCUCGCUAUCUGAUUGGCAGGGAGAAUCCCGCAGAUGGGCCCACGUCCGACUACUCCGCCGACUCGACAAGGUCGCUAAGACCGAAUUUCAAUCCAAGGACACGCUACGUUCGAGCUUCGGACGAGGAUUGUCGACGGUAUUGUCACGGCUUCAAAAGGUUUCUCAUCUUACCGCCAAAGGAUAAUAAUAAUUACUUCCACAAAAACCUACCCAGCUCGUUGCUUCGGUCCAGGUCGUACUAAACUUUCAAUAAAAACCGUUUUUCGGCAAAAGGAACAUCGAUAAAUCAAUGGUUCUAUUGGUAUCUCUGCUCGCACGUCUUCGAACGCUGAUGCUAAUCGAUAUCUCGCUCUGCAACAAUGUGAGCGUUUAGUAUUUACCAUCGUUUGGUACAAGACUUUAUCCUUGCUUUAUAAUAAUCAAUGGCAGGUAGAUGUUUCGUUGUGGUUCCGAACCAAAGGCAUAUGAGGCGCAUCGUACUUUCAUUCCAUGACAAAAUCUUUAAAUAUUCGUUAAGAUUUAAAAGAUUGUCACGUAAUGAAUACUGCGUCUAAAAUUAUAUUUGUAAUAAUAUUCUGUUCCUUUUAAUGAUUAUGGGUUUUCGCUUUAGAGCCACGUUUGGGAUUUACGGUACUAAAUUUUUGUCACUGAUAACAGAAUUUUAUAAGAUGGAUUAUUUACGCUUUCUAUCGAUAUACAAUGAUGAUACGUACUAUUUUGUAUAUUAUACAUACUAUAUAUACAUGCAUGUAUUACAAACCUCGUGGUACAUUUAAUUUAAAGCUUACUCUAACUUAAUAUUCUAAACGUACACUUAAGGGACAAUGGCAGUCAAUGCGAGACGAAAUUUUGAACGGCGAGGUAUUUUAAUUAUUAAAAAAUACUAUUGCAAUGAUUGCUAUAGUUUACUUAAUCGUAUUUAUUAAUUAUAUAGUUUGAAAUAGUUUGUUAAAGAACUUGCAUUUACAUUUUGUAACUGUAACAAUUUUUAUGGAACGUUGAUGAUCCUGGCUUUGAUUUUCGAAAGUCGUUUGUAUUAGUUACGAUAACAGUUCUUAAUGUAAGAUUUUGUUAGGAUAUCGUAUCGGGGAUCUUUUUCAAAAGACAAUAAUCAACGCCAAUAAUAUUAAUCAUUCUAUAAUGGAUACAUCUGUUUUGCAAUGUAAAAAGGACGUACUUCGUAAAUACUAAAACCCAUCUUUACUAAACUUAUGCAAUUUUACUUUUCAACUAUUGUAAUGGCAAGUUUUUAAUUUUACUUACAUAACAAUGUACUUACGUUGCAAAAUACACGUGUAUCCAAAUCGUAGCGUAGCAUCUAAAAUUAUAAUAAAUCAGAAAAUACGAUUGGACAGUCUAAAGCGUUUCUGAAUCCGAAUUUCAGAAAUUAUUCUUUGGCUUACAAUUGUCCGCCGAGUGAACAAUUGUUUUAGACAUUCAUGUACUUUUGAGAGACUCUCCGUCAGUAUUUCUAUAAUAUAUGUAACUGUUGUUAAGUAAAAAAAAAAAAAUAGAGAAGCCGUGACGCGACCUUUGACGUAAAGUAGUAGUCGGUGUAAAUGUUAGUGCUCAGGAUUCGCCAGCUCGUUAAUGGCAAAUAUAAUGCGAAAUUCAGCUUUCUUUUGUUCGUGACACAGGUUUCAGUGAGUUCGUAAUCGAUAGAUCAUCGUGUAAUACGUGUGUAAUGUUAAAUGUAACAACGCGCGAGGAACCACGGCGUGUAUUCAUCGUUCGAUUCUGCGGGAAUGUAUAUUUAUGUGUUUGUCUAGACAAUAACGAUCAAACGAGAUGACAAUAAAGCGAUAAUAGUAAACGAUUAAAUAAAAAUCUUAUUUGUCAUAUCAUCAA